GGAGAGAGGAGAGAAAUAUAUACACAGACGUACAGGAGAGACACAGAGGGAGAACCGGGGGAAAGAGAGGCGAUACAGAGCGAGAAAUCCAGGGGGAGACAGAGAGGAACACGGAGGCAGAGAGAGAGAGAGAGAGCCACCGAGAGGCCAUUACCCCGCACACUCGCCCUCGACAUGUCCACUCCGGCCCGGCGGCGGCUGAUGCGCGAUUUUAAACGGCUGCAGGAGGACCCUCCGGCCGGAGUGAGCGGCGCCCCGUCUGAAAACAACAUCAUGGUGUGGAACGCAGUGAUUUUUGGACCUGAGGGAACCCCCUAUGAAGAUGGCACUUUCAAGCUAACAAUAGAAUUUACAGAAGAAUAUCCAAAUAAACCUCCCACAGUUAGAUUUGUCUCUAAAAUGUUUCAUCCAAAUGUUUAUGCAGAUGGUAGCAUAUGUCUUGAUAUUCUACAAAAUCGUUGGAGUCCAACUUAUGAUGUAUCUUCAAUUCUUACUUCAAUACAGUCUUUAUUGGAUGAGCCUAAUCCAAAUAGUCCAGCAAACAGCCAGGCUGCACAAUUGUAUCAGGAGAACAAACGGGAAUAUGAAAAGCGAGUUUCUGCAAUAGUAGAACAGAGCUGGAGAGACAGUUGACCUGCUGGCAGAAAGGAACACUGUUAAUGUUAAUGUCCUAAAAGUUGUGGUGUUUAAAGCACUUUUUUCCUUAAUCGUGCUGUUUUGUCACAAGCUCUGGCACCUCUUGCACAGAGACGAUCAUUACUCAAGAGUUUGCAUUCACUACAAAGUAGUGUUGAAUGUAGUAACUAAACAGUGGGCAGUUUUUUUUAAAAGUGUUUUUCAUUGGUUUAAUUGCAAUUUAGUUAUCGGUGCUAUAAGCAACAGCAUUGAUAUACCUUAGGUUUUACUUGCUGCCAUAGUGCAUACCAGUAAAUGGCCAUGCUGUUUAAUACGACUGUUCACUUGAAGGUAAGCCUUGCAGGUAUCAGUUUAAUCGCUGUACAUCAUAUGGUAUUUUGCUAAAUAUGAACAGCUGGGUGCGGGGAAUAAUUUGCUUACUUCUGUGCUGUUGCCAUCAAAGCAACUAAUAUCACACAAGAUGACACUUUGUUUGGUGAUCAAUGUUAAACAUGCUACAAUUGGUGAAAUGUUUUUUUUCUUGCAUCCUUACUCAAUAUCAGUCUUCAGGAGGAGGGAUAGAUGCAUUUUCUUUAAAAAAAACAAAGUGUUCCCAGAAUUUAUAGGUAGCACUGCCUUUUUAGGCCAAAAUGUUGUGCAUUCAUUCUGCAAUGUUGUGGGCAUACUUUUUCUUUUUGCAUGGAAAAGACUUAUCAACUGUUCUGUCUUGUUAUUGAAUACAUUUUGCUGUAUAUAGCAAACUUUUAAAAGGAUUCAGAAUUUGCACUGGUGAUUCUUGUCAAACUACAUUUUCUCACCACUUGUGAAUAAAACGUAACCUUAUUAAAA